UGGUGACAUACGAUUCGCACUCGGUCGUAUGGACACCACGCGAUACCACAUCUCGCACUCGAGUGUGGACGUGGAUUGCCCCGAAUUGGACUUGGGUAUAGUCAGCGUCGGCACCCAGGAUCAGGUUCGUGCUCUGCGUCUACGUACCGCUCAACCGUCCUCCACCCCGACCGGACGUCCUCGGUCGUCACUUCUUCUCCUCCUUGCCCUCAACCUUGCUCUCGACUCCUUCGAUUCGACUGGCGUCCAAGUCGGUACUACACAUCCCCUCCCCGUUCUUGCUGUUCGGCGAGUUUCGGACGACUUCGGAAGUCCAGAGGCCCCCGUGAGUCUUGUCGUCGCCGUCGUCGGAGAGAGAGUUGUGGGGUCCUCGGUCGGGCUGUCCGUGUGUAACGCGAGUGUGCGCGCCGGGAGGAUCAUCGACGAGGUUGAAUUACGUCAGGUCAUGUCGAGUCGAGUCAGGUCAGCACAUGAUUUUUUUGCCAAAAGGUGUGAACCUCACUGUACUGGUACCUCUCGAACCAAUCAAACCGGUCCUCUCCCUACUACUGCCCCUCCAGCUGAUACCACCUCUCAGCCCCCACGCCAGUACAGGCCAAUACCGCCGCUGCCUCGCAACCCAGUACCGAUCCCAAAGACGUCCAAGACCCAAGAUGGGGAGGCCGAAGGAGGCUGGUAUCUCGGCUGGUGUCUCGUUUCGAUCCGACCUAAACCCUUGAUCAAGUCGAGUGGCGAGUGGCGAGGUGGUGCUCGCAACCGUUCAAAUCUCAUGACAGUUCUCGGGUAUGGUGAUCAUGGUCGUCUAUCAUAUUCAAUACCGACGGUCGUAGCCGACACCUCUCCUGUUCCUCUACUCCUCAUCGAUACCACUUCUUACUUCUUCUCCUCCCCCCCACUCUUCGCUUCAACAGCCCGCCUGGCCUCCAACUCUUCCCUCGUCAUCCCCUCCCCCCCACUGCUCUUCGGGAGGUUCUUGACGAUCUCGCUGGACCCUAGGCCUCCGCCUGUCACUUGUCCGAACGAGAUAGGUCACCUGACUGCCGAGACCUGGUCAUAUGCCUUGGGAUUACGGAAAAAGAUGUCCCCCCAAACCCUCGGUCUGCUCGUCGCCGGCGGCCAAUCCACACGGAUGGGGAGCGACAAGGCGUUCUUGCCUUAUCCCUUGGCUCCUGGCUCCCCGACCUCUUCCACAUCUUCCACCUCUUCCACCACGACCAAAGAGGGGAUCGAGGAGCACACGGAGAGCUUAUGGAUCCACCUACUCAAGAUCUUACUUCGAGUUUGUCCGGAGGGCGUCGUUGUCAGCCAUAAUUCCAGGCAGAGUGGGAGGAUGGAACAGGAUCUCAAAGGGUUCUUGGAGGAUUCCUCAUUAUCAUCAUCGUCGUCGUCGUCGUCAUCGCCAUCUAAUUCAACCUCCUCACACAAACAACCUCAUAUCGAACUCCUCCCCGACGCCCCUCCCUACAAAGAUCUAGGCCCCGCCUCAGCCCUUCUGACCGCCCACCAAGCCCACCCAUCCGCGACCUUUUUGGUGGUAGCUGUAGACUUCCCUUUCGUCACCUUCGAUACCUUGCAACAUCUCCUCGAUCAUCAUAAUCAUAAUCACCUCCUCGACCAUCACCAGGAGCCGGGACCUUCACCUUCAUCAUCUUCAACCCCACCGGAGCCGGGACCUUCACCUUCCCCUGUGACCACCUACUUCCACCCCUUAGAUAUGCACCCCGAACCCCUGCUCAGCGUCUGGGGUCCGGAGGCGUUAAGGAGGUUGAGGAGGAACGCUAUCGAGGGGGUCACGCAGGCUGAUGGAGGGUUGAGGAGACGCACCGGGCCGUGUUUUACAGCUAAGGAGUUGUGGAAGGAGAUCGUGGCCUUCGAAGCUGAGGAUAAAACAGGCAGUAAUCGAGUCGAUGAACAAGCGAACGUCAAUCUCAACAUCCCUGAGCGUGGUCAAAGCCAAAAGAAAUCCAACUCCAACCACAAAGCCAACCCCAAGGACAAGCCCAAGCCCAAAGAUGAGCUCCCACCCGCUAUCAUCACACGCUUCGGCGUCCUCCCCAAAACCGAGGGAGAGUUGAGGAAUACGAACACUAGGGAAGAGUGGGAUGCGGCUGUGGAGGAGUUGAAGGCGGGGUAUGGUCUUACCGGGGAGGCUGGGAGAGGUUGA